AUGGUUAUCCAGAUUGCACUGCAAUGUAACUUCAUCCAUGGUACUAUUAACCUCAGCCAGGCACUUAAGGGUGAUUCCAAUACGGGGGUGAACACUGAUGGCGUGGAGAUGGGUCCAGAAUCAACAGUAACAGAUGGAGUCGAGGAUACUGAUGAAUCUGGCGGGUUUGAACAAGAGACUGAAAAUGAAAAAAGUCUUUUUCAAGACGCUGAAAGUGACGUAGGAAUUCAGGAACGGAAAAUGACCAAAGGAACUGGUAUACCGCUGAUCACACCGAUGCAAAACAUGCCAUCACACCAUACACACGGUGCUUUGAAAACUGAACACAAUAAAGCACAAAAAGAGCAUACAAAUAGAUCUAGUGCACUGUCUAAUACGCCUACAUCACUACAACCGGGUGCAGAUAUAGAAAAUGAACAUAAUGAGCUGUCACACAGCGCUCUUGUUAAUUUGAAUACCGACGCAUCCGCUGAUGACAAGUGCGUCCUAAUGGAAGAACGCACAUCUCCUCUGCAGCAACGAGAAAUCAAGGACAUCUUAGAGACUGGUACGAAUAAUGCUUCGUAUGCAAUGUAUACCACACUGAAUGAAGCAUCACUGAGCGAUGUUAGUGCUUCCAAACCAGAGCUACCAUUCAACCCUGACAUAGAUCAGCUGGAUGAGGUGGGAUACACACAGCUCUACAAGUCAGCAUUAAAAGGUCAUCUCGAAGGUGUUGAAGACCUCAUUUCACGGGGAGCAAACCCCAAUAAACCAAGUAAGGGUGGACUCCGUCCUCUUCAUGUGGCGGCUCAUGAAGGACAUGCACACAUCGUUGAUUUUCUCAUUCUGCAAGGGGCAGACGUAGGUGUUGAAUGUGAGCUGGGUCAGACACCUCUUCAUACAGCAGCUACAAAAGGUUAUGUCGACAUCUUAGAGAGCCUCACUGCAGAAAACGUUAAUGUGAACGUGAAAGAUAACACUGGCUGGACACCCUUCAAUGCUGUAGUCCAAUAUGGUCAACUUGAAGCCGUCAAAUACCUCCUAACUAAAGGAGCGAAUCAGAACAGAUACGCUGACAUGUCCCCACUCGAUGCCGCAGCACGAUUUGGUCAUUUAGAUAUUGUCAAAUUCUUCAUAUCCAAAGGAGCUGAUGUGAACGAAGAAAAUGCUGAAGGGAUUAUUCCUCUCCAUGGUGCAGCUGCUCGAGGCCACUUGAAAGUCAUGGAAUAUCUCAUUCAGCAAAGAUCUGAUGUUAACAAAGCAGAUGCCAAGGGUUGGACACCAUUCAAUGCUGCUGUUCAAUAUGGCCAUCUAGAAGCCGUCAAACAUCUCGUGACUGAAGGAGCGAAGCAGAUCACUUUUUGCAGAAUGUCUCCACUCUAUGUCGCAUCACUAUUUGGUCAUUUAGAUAUCGUCAAAUUCUUCAUAUCCAAAGGAGCUGAUGUGAAUGAAGAAGAUGGCGAAGGGACUAUUCCUCUCCAUGGUGCAGCUACUCGCGGCCACUUGAAAGUUAUGGAAUACCUUAUUAAGCAAGGAUCCGACGUUAACAAGAAAGAUAACGCUUUGUUGACUCCAUUCAAUGCUGCUGUUAAACAUGGCCAUCUAGAAUCCGUCAAAUAUCUCAUGACUCAAGGAGCGGAGCAAAUCACAAAUGAAGGUAGGACGUCCCCACUCCAUGCCGCAUCAUAUUUUGGACAUUUAGACAUUGUCAAAUUCUUCAUAUCUAAAGGAGCUGAUGUGAACGAAGAAGACGGUGAAGGGAUUAUUCCUCUCCAUGGUGCAGCUGCUCGAGGCCACUUAAAAGUCAUGGAAUAUCUCAUUCAGCAAGGGUCUGAUGUAAACAAGAGUGAUGCCAAAGGUUGGACACCUUUCAAUGCUGCUGUUCAAUAUGGCCAUCUAGAAGCCGUCAAAUAUCUAGUGACUAAAGGAGCGAAGCAGAUCACUUUGUGCAGAAUGCCUCCAAUCCAUGUCGCAUCACUACGUGGUCAUUUGGAAAUCGUCAAAUUCUUCAUAUCCAAUGGUGCUGAUGUGAACGAAGAAGACGGUGAAGGAAUUAUUCCUCUCCAUGGUGCAGCUGCUCAAGGCCACAUGGAAAUCAUGGAAUAUCUCAUUCAGCAAGGAUCCCAUGUUAACAAGGAAGAUGCCAAGGGCCGGACUCCAUUCAAUGCUGCUGUUAACAAUGGUCAUCUAGAAGCCGUCAAAUAUCUCAUGACUAAAGGAGCGAAGCAGAACAGAUAUGCUGGUAUGACACCACUCUAUGCCGCAGUGCAAUUUGGUCAUUUAGAGAUCGUCAAAUUCUUCAUAUCCGUAGGAGCUGAUGUGAACGAGGAAGAUGACAAUGGGAGGAUUCCUCUCCACAGUGCAGCCACUCACGGCCACUUGGAAGUCAUGGAAUAUCUCAUACAGCAAGGAUCUAACAAGUGUGAUACCGAGGGUUGGACACCAUUCAAUGCUGCCGUUCGAUAUGGCCAUCUAGAAGCCGUCAAAUAUCUUAUUGCUAAAGGAGCGAAGCAGAACAGAUAUAUUGGAUUCACCCCACUCCAUGUCGCAGCAUAUUUCGGUCAUUUAGAUAUCGUCAAAUUCUUCAUAUCCAAAGGAGCUGAUGUGAACGAAGAAGAUGGUGAAGGGAUUAUUCCUCUCCAUGGUGCAGCUGCUCAAGGCCACUUAGAAGUCAUGGAAUAUCUCAUUCAACAAGGGUCUGAGGUGAACUACGAUAGUGCCAAGGGUUGGACACCUUUCAAUGCUGCCGUUCAAUAUGGCCAUCUAGAAGCCAUUGCAUAUCUCGUGACUGUAGGAGCGAAGCAGAACAGAUAUGAUAGAAUGCCCCCACUCUAUGCCGCAGCAUAUUUUGGUCAUUUGGAUAUUGUCCAAUUCUUCAUAUCCAAAGGAGCUGACGUGAACAAAGAAGGUGACAAAGGGAGGAUUCCUCUCGACGGUGCAGCCGCUCGCGGCCACUUGAAAGUCAUGGAAUAUCUCAUUCAGCAAGGAUCUGAUGUGAACAAGAAAGAUAACACUGCGUGGACACCAUUCAAUGCUGCCGUUCAAUAUGGCCAUCUAGAAGCCGUCAAAUACCUCGUAUCUAAGGGAGCGAAGCAGAACAGAUAUAACCGGAUGACCCCAGUCUACGCUGCAGCGUAUUUUGGUCAUUUGGACAUCAUCAAGUUCUUCAUGUCCAGUGGAGCUGAUAUGAACGAAGUAGAUGACGAAGGGAUUAUUCCUUUUCAUGGUGCAGCUUCUGGAGGCCACAUAGAUGUCCUUAAAUAUCUCAUUCAGCAAGGAUCUGAUGUUAACAAGAAAGAUAACGAUGGAUGCACAGCAUUCAAUGCUGCCGUUCAAGGGGGCCACCUAGGAACCGUCAAAUAUCUCUUGUCUGAGGGAUCAAAGCAGAACAGAUUCGAUGGGAAGACCCCAGCCUACGCUGCAGCGUAUUUCGGUCAUUUGGACAUCAUCAAGUUCCUCAUAUCCAGUGGAGCUAAUGUGAACAAAGAAGAUGACGAAGGGAUGAUUCCUUUCCAUGGUGCAGCUUCUGGAGGCCACAUAGAAGUCCUUAAAUAUCUCGUUCAGCAAGGUUCUGAUGUUAACAAGAAAGAUAACGAUGGAUAUACAGCAUUCAAUACUGCCGUUCAGCGGGGUCACCUAGGAGCUGUCAAAUAUCUCAUGGCGAAAAGAGCUAAGGGUACCAGGCUUUUCGGAUUGACCCCGCUUUACAUCGCAACACAAUAUGACCAUACCGAUGUUGUAAGAUUCCUAGUUUCAAAAGGAUGUGAUGUGAACGAAAGAAAUGAAUGCGGUAAGUCCCCUCUUCAUGCAGCAUGUUACAAUGGCAGCAUGGAUGUCGUAAAAGUUCUCAUUCACCACAAUGCUAAUGUCAAUGAACAAGAUGAUGAUGGAUGGACACCGCUCCAUGCCGCUGCACAAGAAGGACACCAAGACAUAGUCGAUUACCUUGUAUUGAAUGGAGCUGCCAUGCACGUGAGGGAUAUAGAUGGUUUGACGCCGCUUCUGGUAGCAGUGAACGCAGGUCAUACACAAGCAAUAGAAUACAUCUCAUCACAUAGAGGUUGCCCUGAUAAAGACAAAACAGGAGAUCCACGAUCCGGAGGCCGCCAGAAUCUCAUCACAAGUGGAUAUGUCACGGUAUCACUGAAUGAUGCAGACUCGCAUUCACGUACAGGACAGUUAUCAUCUCAGGUAGACACUGCAGAAGAUGGGAAUGAUUGCAAUCAAGCUGAUAGUGCGAAGAGAGGAACCGUUGAACUCUCCUUGAAGAAUCUUUCCACAAUGGCCCAUGAUGUUGAAAAAAAUGUAGGUCGUCGAAACGUAAACGAAUGCAUUUCCCCACGUAAAGAAGACUCAGAUGCAGAAGAUGCUGGAGAUCUACAAUCCGGGGGCCUCCACUAUGGUGCUAAACAUCUUGCAACAAGAGAUUAUGCGAAGGAGAAGGUGGUCAAAAUUAAAGAUGCAGACACGCAGUCACGUGCUCGACAGUUAGCAUCUCAGGUAGACAAUUCGAGGAGAGGAGCCGAUGAACCCUCCUUGAAGAGUCUCCCCACAAGAACCAAAGAUGAUGAAAAGGGUGACAAUGAGGAGCACAAUCCUUUCAUUCAUGCUACGCUGAAAUAUCCUGGAAAAGGUGGACAAGAUCCGAUGCUAAAUCAGAUGGAAGCAAUAACGUGCCCCGGGACAAGAAAAAGAAACACCACAACAAAUGGCACAGACUGUUCUUCCCCGCGUGGAUCUAAGACGUGGCAAUACAGCGGAUUCGAUCCACCCUAUCUACAAACCAUGGAAACUGACGGUCAUCCUUCUGAAGAACCGGAAUAUAGAUGUCACUCACUAAUUGAUGAAAACACGGAAAUUAGAGAAUCUUCUUCACGGAUGAAUGCUGGAAAUGAUCUACCAAUCAACGAACCAUCAAAGAUUGAGAGGUACCAGUAA